UGGAUGGAACGCUGUGAAGGGCGGAUGGAAUCACCCGGGAGGGUGGGGCGGCUUCCCUCCGCGGAGGCUUCGGCUUGGGAGAGCAGCGGGAGGGAGAAGAGCGGCCCCAAGAGUCUCUCCUCCGAAGGCGGGCUCGGCUAAAGGCCGGAGUUUCAAAAGGCAUUAGAAAUACAUUUCACCAAAACCCUGCAAUUAAGGACGGAACGGAGUAUAUCGUUUAGGCGAGUGCGAGCACACGGAGUCGCAACGUCCUUCCCUUUGCAUCCGCCGAGGGGGGAAACAAAACAAAACAUAAGCAACCCUCGCCCAUUCAGACGACCCUCUUGGGAGCAUUCGCGUGCUCACACGCCCUAGGGACAAAAGAGCCGGGGAGGAAGCGGGAUUAUCGCUUCGAGCAAGGACCUUUCCGGUCCCCUCCCGCGGGUGUGUAGAAGCCGCGGAGGCUUAGACGAAGGAAGGGCGGCACAGCGAGCAGGAGCGGGAGAGGUCAGGCGAGUCUCGCCGUGCCCAGCCGGGCGAACGGGCCUGCCUAGCCGUCGCUAGAGGGAGGUGUGGCACAGCGCAGAGCGGCGGCGGCGAGCGGGGGGAACCGCCGGGGCGACGGCUGCCGGAGGAAGAGAAGGGAGGAGAAAGAGGAGGAGAAGCGCCCGAGCCACCGCUUCCUCGCAACUCCCUGCCUGCUGCGCUCCUUUGCCCGGAGCGCAACCCUUCCUCGCCCACGGAGAAGGGCUGGUCUGCGCGAGGCGCAGAGGCGUCGCCCGGGCAAGAGAGGCGUCCGAGUCGCCCUCGCCUCCCGUUUUCCUGUUUCCCUCUCCAACAACCUCGCCUUCCGAUCCCUAGUAGCUGCUGCUUAAUAAGCCCGUCGAGGCUCCUCGUGCAACUCUCCGCGCCUCUGUCGUCGCCUUUGCGUCCUCUCCGUCGGAUGGCACCUUUCCCCUAGACAGCUCGCCCGAGCAUUUGCCAAGGAGGAAGGUCGCGGGGACUGAGGGGGAGCAGCGCGCCUCCCUCCCUCUCCUUCCCCUCCUGCUCUAUAACCCUCGCAAACAAACAAGUCAGCCGGAAAGUGGAAAGGAGCUGCCAAGAGGGAGCGUGGCCGAGAGGAAGAGGAGGAGGAGGAGAAGCGCUUCUGCCCUCCCCCGCCGCGUCCUGCCCGCGCCCCCUGCCGAGCCUACCUUUCCUCCUCGCCUUCCUCGGUGGUGCCAGCAGGAGCGAGCCCUACGGCGGACGAUGGCUUCGACCACCACCUGCACCAGGUUCACCGACGAGUAUCAGCUCUUCGAGGAGCUCGGCAAGGGAGCUUUUUCAGUGGUGAGAAGAUGUAUGAAAAUCACUACUGGACAAGAAUAUGCUGCCAAGAUUAUCAACACUAAAAAGCUAUCAGCAAGGGAUCACCAGAAAUUGGAAAGAGAAGCUAGAAUCUGUCGCCUUUUGAAGCACCCCAAUAUCGUGCGACUUCAUGACAGCAUAUCAGAAGAAGGAUUUCAUUACUUAGUCUUCGAUUUAGUCACUGGAGGUGAAUUAUUUGAGGAUAUUGUUGCAAGAGAAUAUUACAGUGAAGCAGAUGCAAGUCAUUGUAUACAGCAGAUUCUAGAAAGUGUUAAUCAUUGUCACCUAAAUGGCAUAGUUCACAGAGACCUGAAGCCUGAGAACUUGCUCCUAGCUAGCAAGUCAAAGGGAGCAGCGGUAAAACUGGCAGAUUUUGGAUUGGCUAUUGAAGUGCAAGGUGAACAACAGGCUUGGUUUGGUUUUGCUGGUACGCCAGGAUAUCUUUCCCCAGAAGUACUACGAAAAGAUCCCUAUGGAAAGCCAGUAGACAUGUGGGCAUGUGGUGUUAUCCUCUACAUUCUCUUGGUGGGAUACCCUCCUUUUUGGGAUGAAGAUCAGCACAGACUCUACCAACAGAUCAAGGCUGGAGCGUAUGAUUUUCCUUCACCAGAAUGGGACACGGUGACCCCAGAAGCCAAAGACCUCAUCAACAAAAUGCUUACAAUCAAUCCUGCCAAACGUAUCAAUGCAUCAGAGGCCCUCAAACACCCCUGGAUCUGUCAACGUUCUACUGUGGCUUCUAUGAUGCACAGACAGGAGACUGUAGACUGCCUGAAGAAAUUCAAUGCAAGAAGGAAACUUAAGGGUGCCAUUUUGACAACUAUGCUGGCUACAAGAAAUUUCUCAGCAGCCAAGAGUUUACUGAAGAAACCUGAUGGAGUGAAGAAAAGGAAGUCAAGUUCGAGUGUUCAGAUGAUGAUAAACAACAAAACCAACGUGGUAACCAGCCCCAAAGAAAAUAUUCCUACCCCAACGCUGGAGCCCCAAACUACCGUAAUCCACAACCCAGAUGGAAAUAAGGAAUCCACAGAGAGCUCCAACACAACCAUUGAAGACGAAGAUGUGAAAGCUCGUAAGCAGGAGAUUAUCAAGGUUACUGAGCAGCUGAUUGAAGCUAUCAAUAAUGGGGAUUUUGAAGCCUACACGAAGAUAUGUGAUCCCGGCCUCACCUCAUUUGAACCUGAAGCUUUGGGAAAUCUCGUAGAGGGAAUGGACUUCCACCGGUUUUACUUUGAGAAUGCUUUGUCUAAGAGCAACAAGCCAGUCCACACCAUCAUCCUGAAUCCACAUGUCCACCUCGUGGGGGAUGAUGCUGCCUGCAUUGCGUACAUACGGCUGACUCAGUACAUGGAUGGGAGUGGGAUGCCCAAGACAAUGCAGUCGGAAGAGACGCGAGUCUGGCACCGCCGCGAUGGGAAAUGGCAGAAUGUUCACUUCCACCGUUCAGGAUCACCAACAGUACCUAUCAAGAUCAGUAUAUUAUCUGCACUCUGGAAACAACAAGAUGCAUUGACCAAGAUAGCAUCAGAGUGUUCAGGCUUUCGCCACACCUUAAAUACAGUAUAGGCAAUUCCCCAUUCCCACAAGCCAAAGGGACGGCCAGGUAUGGUUUAGGAGGACUCACCAGGGUGCUCUUUUUGCAAUUUUGUGUAUGCGCACAUGGGCCCGAAACAGAACCCCUGCAUAAAUGGAGCAUCACCUGUAUUGCAUAGUGGAAACUUGAGUUGUAAUUCACAAUAGCAUAUGAUGAACAAAGCUUUGCUUAUAUCUUUGUCUUGAUCAAAUCAUUAUCAUGUUGAUUUAUUUGAAUGAGGAUCGAUGUUAUUGAGCAAUUCCCUACAAGGGAUAAACAAAAAAGGGUGCAUGGAUAAUUUGCACCUGUUUGUACUUUUAAUAAAGGGACGUG